CGCGCUUGAAAUCGGUCGAUACUUAGUGAUUUGUUGCCUACCAAGAUGGUUACGGGAACCAACAACACCCCAGUGCAACCCAAUGCCAUUCCAACCACCAACAACCAGAUAGAGAUGGCAGCGGCCACAAAACGCGUCAGUGAUAAUCGAAGGAGCAAUAAACCGAUCAUGGAGAAACGGAGGCGGGCAAGGAUCAAUAACAGUCUCAAUGAGCUCAAGACACUUAUUUUGGAUGCCAUGAAAAAAGACCCGGCGCGCCACUCCAAGCUGGAAAAAGCCGACAUCCUCGAAAUGACCGUCAAGCACCUCCAAAACCUCCAACGCCAGCAAGCCGCCAUGUCGGCAGCGACGGACCCCUCCGUCGUCAGCAAGUUCAGGGCCGGCUUCAGCGAAUGUGCCUCCGAGGUGGGCCGCUUCCCCGGCCUGGACCCGGUGGUGAAACGGCGUUUGCUGCAACACCUCGCCAGUUGUCUGAACCAGGGCCAGAAGGAGCCCCAGGUCCAGGUGAUCGUCCCCGAGGUGGCCCCCAAUAACAUUAUUCUGGGCAACGGCACCGGCGUGCAACUGGUGCCCACCAGGUUGGCGAACGGGGACAUUGCGCUCGUUUUGCCCACGCAGGGAGCGUCGCCGUUGCCCCUCCUGGUGCCCAUACCGCAGAGGACGGCGUCCACGGCGUCGUCGGCGUCCAAUUAUUCACCCAGUCAAAGUCCGGAGCCGGAGUCAGUGCGGCCGCUUUCGCUGGUGGUGCGGAGGUGCGAGGAGCCGACGGAGGAGAAGCCGUGGCGGCCGUGGUAGAAACAGUGAUGUGAUGAAAGUGCUUUUGUGAUAAUUUGAGGAUUGCCAUGUUGUAUAUAAUUGUUUAUUUUUGAUAAAGAAUGGUUAAAUUAUUUAUAGGCUAGGGAGUUAAGUACAAGUUUAUUACUGAAAAGUGCCUUAUCAACAGCAAGAUCAUUCAUGUCUUCCAGUUGGUAAUAUUUACUAUAUUAUGAAUAUUUAUAUUAAAUUGUAUUUUAUUUUAUUAUUUGCUAAUAAAACUGAUAUUUUCAUAGAA